AUGAAUCCAACUCCCCCAGACCGGGCAUUUGCCCUUCAGGAAUAUUUACUACUUCACUCCCAACACGACGCCUUACAGAAGCACCUCAGCCAAAUCUCGGCGUCGGUUCCAAACACAGCAGUCACUUCCGCUUCUAAUUCACCAACACGACAUGGAAGUACAUCAACGAUCGGCUCAGAUCAAUCGACUUCCGAAGAGGGCCUAUUACUAUCCCCUCCGAGCCGUAUCCCCUACCACCAACGCUGCCAUAGGAUGCACAGUGCACGACCUCAGCCAUACCAAAGGUCGGAAAGAAGGUCUUCCUUGCCAGCAAUCAUUGAUGAGAACACACUCGGGGAGAUUGCUGAGGACCAAUCGAAGAUACAAAAUGUGAACCAGCUGAUCAAGACUACCUUGACGGAGCUGCUCAACUGCGACGGCGUGAAGAAUAACGAUAGAUAUAGGAUGUGGGUACAGACAAAGCUGAUGGAUGCGGAGAAGGAAAUGAGAAUCCACAAGGGCCGAGCCUGUGAGAGAAGACAAAGUCUGGAGAGUGGCUUCACUCCUCACGCGCGACCAUAG